AUGUCCCAAUCCAGUUACAAGAAGGUUGAAAAGCCUCGCAACCAAGAAGUUUCAAGCAUUCAAAAGAAUGAAAUUAGAAUUACUGCUCAAGGUCGUAGCAGAUCCUACAUUUCAUAUGCUGUAGGCUUACUCGAUCCAUCUCUUCUUCAAAAAGAUGAAGCAAGUACUUCCACUGAAACUCCGCAACAAUACGAUAGUGUUGUAUUGAAGGCUAUGGGAAAGGCCAUCCAAAAGGCUGUUACCAUUGCUGAAGUGUUGAAGAGAAGAGUUGCUGGUUUGCAUCAAAACACUUCUAUUGAGUCUCAAGAAAUUGAAGAUCAAUACGAACCAAAAGAAGAAGGAUUGGAUAUCGUCACCAAGAAACGUACUGUCAGCUCGAUCAUUAUCAAAUUGUCCAAGAAGCCUCUGGAUACCAAUGCUUUGGGUUACCAACCACCCAUUCCUGAAGAUCAAGUCACUGCUCCUCAAAUCAUUUCUGCAAAGAAGGUUCCAGGAGGUGGUGCUGGAAAGAGAAGAAAGAGACGUGUUCGUCGUGGUGGUGCUGCUUCUGCUGGAGGUGCUAAGGCUCAACAGCAAGGUACUACUACUGCUACAACCAAACCAUCACAAGGUACUACUACUCCUCAACAACAACAAGGAACCAAACAACAACAACCAUCUAGUACUCCUUCACAAGGUACUUCAGCAGGCAAUAGAGGAAGAGGUGGUCGUGGUGGUAGAGGUAGAGGAAGAGGUGGUCGCGGUGGAAGAGGACAAGCAAGAAAACAAACUGCAGCAACUAGUCAACAAUAA